UGAUACUUUGGAACAAGAAAAAGUGCCCAUACAGUGCCACAUACUGUAUUUGUGCAUAUGCAGCGUUGAUACAUGAUGCCCCUGAGGAACAGUAAACACAAGUGUAAGUGUUUUCAUGAUCAUCAGAAGAGGUGAUGUUGGGUAGCAGUGAAGGAUGUGAGACCAUUAGUCUCAGAAUGAAGAUGUUUAGGAGGAAGUCUCAAGUCUGGUUGUUUCCUGCAGAAUUCCACUCUCUCUCUUACCAUGAGCUGAUGUCAAAUGGAUCCCACGGGUCCUUUCAAAGGGUCGUGGAUGGAUAUGUGGACGAUGUUCACUUUGUCCAGUACCACAGCAGGACCAACACCACAGAAGCCAGGCAGGAGUGGAUGACUCGACUCACAGAGGAACAUACUGAGAGACAGAUGAACACAUGGGCUGAUGACCUGCAGGUCCAGACGCUGAUCUUAGAGGAGGCAAUGCAAAGACCGAACCUCACGACAGGUGCCCACUGGGUCCAGAGGAUUUCCAGAUGUAUGUGGGACGAUGAGACUGGAGAGGUCAUAGGUCAUCAUCGGUUUGCCUACGAUGGAAAAUACUUCCUUGGAUUCCACCUGCAGAAGAAACAGUGGGUCGCUCUGACAGCAGAAGCUGAGACCAUCAUAGGUGACCUGAACAGAAGAGUCACUCUGAACCAACGAGUCCAUGACUAUCUGACCCAGGACUGUCCUGAGAGGCUCCAGAUGUAUCUGCAGUAUGGCAGCAGCCAGCUGCUGAGAAAAGUGCCUCCCAAAGUGUUUCUCCUCCAGAAGAACUCCUCCUCUCCCAUUGUCUGCCUCGCCACAGCUUUCUUCCCAAAACACUGCGAGUUGUUCUGGAGGGAAGAUGGAGAGGUGUUGAGUGGUGACGAUGUGUUGAUGACGGACACUCUCCCGAACCAUGACGGGACUUUCCAAAGAAAGGCUGAGCUGCUGCGUCCUCCUGUCCGUCCUGAAGACUUGAGCCAGUACGAGUGUGUGUUCCAGAGCUACGGUCAGGACGACGUGACCCUCAGACUGGAUGAAGGACUCAAGCGAAACCCUGGUCAGAUCAGUCCCACCACCAUCGUCCUCAUCAUCCUCAUCUGUUCCAUCGCCAUUUUCGUCAUUGGUGCUUUGGUGUUUUGCCUCCGGAGCAGAAAUCACAGACCUUCAGAGAGAUGUUCUCAUCGUUUCUCUCGUUGUGCAGACACAAGUCAGAUCCAGGAAAGCUCAGCCCCAUCAGAAGAUCCAUGUCAUGGUGAGGAGCUUCAGCAACUGAGGGCAUGAAGAACAAAGCUGAAAAACAGGGUUUGGCUCAGCAGCCACCCCCUGAAUAAUGUUUAAGGAUUCUCUCUUUGGUUCAUUUCACAUUUGUAUGUGCUGUGUACUGUAGAUGUGAUCAUGUGUUACUUCUGCAAGUGUUCAGCCAGAACUCCACUGUUGAGUGAUUGCGGCAGCAUCACAUUGCAGUUUUCAGAUACACAGCUGACUGGAUAUUUACAUUUAGCACUGUUUUCAUGUGAACCUAGACAUUUCACCUCUGGCACAUGAACAAAUCCCUCUGUUAAUUCUUUGUUUUUUACAUUUAGAGGGAGUGUAUUUGUUUACAGCAGUGUUUUGUGUGAUUAUAUCAUGAUUCGCUUUUAUUUUGCACCACUUCCUUUUUCGCCUCCUUCUUUUUCCCUGAUUUGUUGGAGCUUUGCCAUAGACUUGGAACACAGCUGGAACUGAUCUACACAUCAUCAUCCCACCCUUUCUUCAACACCUUGCUUCCAGCAGCGAGUGCCAGAUCGAAUCAACUCGCAUCUUGGUAACUGGCUUCCGCCUAUCCUUCUCCUCAUCCACUCGCUCUCUGUGUUUUCUGAUCUCUUGGUUUAUUCUCCCUGGUGCCUGAGUUAGUGGUGUUUCAGUUCCUUGUUUGCUUCUGAUCUCCGUAUGUUUCACGUUUGCUCUGGUUUUAGUGUAGUUCUCUCGUGUGCUCGUUUGGACGAUCACGUUUGU